AUGGUCGUGAGCGCGUACGGCAUGUGCGGCCGCCGCGAGUCGAUGCAGGACGCGCACUUCGCCGUCGCCGACAAGAAGGGCGCGGUCGCGGGCGUCUUCGACGGCUGCGGCGGCGCGCGCGCGAGCCGGGCCUGCGCGGACCUGCUCGGCGGCGACGAGGACCGGCGGCGCGCGCUCCGCGACGCGGGCGCGGGCGAGGCGGCGAUCGCGGCGUGGCUCGAGGCCUGCGAGGCGCGCGUGCUCGCCGCGUCCGAGGCCGGCGGCUGGAUCGACGCGUCGACGGCGCUCGUCGCGCGCGUCAACGGCAACGACGUCGCCGUGGGCUGGCUCGGCGACUCGCGCGCGGUGCUCGCGGUCGACGACGGCAAGGGCGGCCUCGCCGCGCUGGACCUCUCCGUGGACCACAAGGCGUCGAACCCGCGGGAGGCGAAGCGGGUCCGCGCCGCGGGCGGCUUCGUGGGGCGCACGGAGCAGGAGGCGCGCGCGUCCGGCGCGCGCGCGCUCCUCGGGAGGAUGGCGCCGGCCCUCGCGUUCCGCGCGAACAAGAGGAGCGCGUUCCGCGUCUACCCCGGCGGCAUCGCGCUCACGCGCUGCGUCGGCGCGCGGCCGCUCAAGUUCAAGAACCUCGUGACCGCGACGCCCGAGACCUUCGCGCGGCCCUGCGACGGCGCCGAGGCCUUCCUCAUCCUCGCCUGCGACGGCGUCUGGGACGUCCUCGACGGCGCCGCGGCCGUCAAGUGCUGCGCCGCCGUCGCCCCGGAGAAGGCCGCGGAGACGCUCGUCUACCACGCGCACAACAAGGGGUCCACGGACAACCUCACGGCCGUCGUCCUCUCCUGGCCGUGA